AUGAAGUGUUUAUCUGUCCUAUUUCUGGCUGCGCUCGCGCACGCCAUGCCGACCAUCGAUAAAGAAGCAAACGACCCUGGACUUGUAGGCAGCGUAAUUAGUGUAGUAAAGGAGUGUGUUGACGGAGACGUAUCCUUAUGCUUAAAGGAGAAGGCUUUGAAAUAUGUGGAGACUAUUUCUUCGGCCAGGGAAAUGAGUUUGGCUGAUGGCGUGACCUUGAUCGGAAAUGGAUCACCGAGGUCUGCCAGGGCUUUGGAACCGUUGUCUGAGGAGCCCAAAGCCAGGGAAGCCCAAGUGGAGUCGAGAUUGGUGGAUUCUGCUGCUGAUCUGUUGGAGAACCAUGUCAUCCAGUUCAGGCUGCCAUCGUCUGCUGUUGAGGGCAUGAAGAGGUCACUUGAAGAAGCUCGUGGCAAAAAGAAGAAGAUCAAGCAACUCAUCCCCCUUCUGGCCCUCGCCAAGCUUAAGAUCACCGCCCUCAUCCCCUUGUUCUUGGGUAUCAUCGCCUUUGCCGCGGCCAAGGCUCUCCUUCUUGCCAAGAUCUCCCUCCUUGUCGCCGGUAUCAUUGCCCUGAAGAAACUCCUCGCUCACAAGCAUCAUGAGACUAGCUAUGAGGUUGUUGCUCACCCACAUCACGAGGAGCACUACGCUAGCAGCGGCCACGGCUGGGGCAGAUCCAUUGACGACGCCCAAAAUCUAGCGUACGCCGCCCAUGCUAAGAUGGAUUAA